UCAGCUGACAGUCACGUGACAGUUGGGUCGGUUUUCGCCGUCACCAUAGUGACACCUGCUCUGACACUGUGGAUUGGAAGAAGACGUGAGGGAUCCAACGAAUCACAGCAGCCCGAGCGGCCGGAAGGCGGGAAUAUAUCCUGCUCAGCAAAUCUCGAGACGAAUCAGACGUUUGAUUGACGGAUACAGAUUUAACUGUUCACGGUCUGCUUGAGGUCGGAGAUAACCCAGUGAACGAGGUAGCGAAUUCGAGGUCGCAAUUUUAAGCAUUAGACAAUACGCUCAUUUAGGUCGACUAUGCCGUUGCAGGCCUUCUCAUUUCCUCUCCCAGAAACUCGAUUCUUUAAAGCAGGGAGUUUCAUCUACAAGUUCACGAUCAGAGGAGGCUCCAGCUACAGCCAACAGGAUGUUAUGGGAGAAGUCGCCUUCAAUCAGGAAUUAGAGGAAAUUAUUAGAACCGUUCUUGGCAACCUGGAUGACCUUCAGCCCUUCUCCUCCACCCAUUACAUCAUCUUUCCUUAUAAGAAACAGUGGGAGAGUGUGUGCAAACAUGAUGAGAUGAAUCUGAGCAUCUACCCUUUCACUCUUAUCCUCUACCUGGAGAAAAACAUGCAGAACGGGUCUCAAUCAGUGGAGGAGAAUGAUGUAAGGCAGCACAUCCCUUCCAUUCCCGAGCCUCAGUUAAAGAGAGAUUCACCACUAGAGGAGGCCAUACUAAAGGACUUAAUCAAUGACACGGAGGCCGAAAACAGGGUGGCAGUGACUGGCAAGUUGGACUUGGUCAGUGAGCACUCUCAGGGAAAGACCAAAGAAGAUCCAGGACACGUUGACAAGCAGCCUGAGAUAGUACUGCAGGAGCAGGGGACACCUGUGAGACCAGGAUUUCUGAAGCAGCUGGCCAG